GGCCGCGACACCCCGGGCGGUGGGUCUGGGCACCGGCCCGGCGUCGGGGGCGUAUCAGAGGUUCUGCCCAGGCCCCUGUCUCCCGGACGGCUCUCCCCGAUCCCGAUGCCGCCAGCGUUCGUUGGGGGCGGCCCGGGACAGCCUCCGGCCUCGCGGGCGGCGGCCCCGGCCGCGGAGGUCCGUGUCGCCCGGGAAGCAAGUCCAAGCCGUGUCCACGCUGGCCGCUGGCCGGAUGGCAGUGGCUUCGGGGCCGCCGUUGUGUCGCAAGUGGAGUGGAUUUCAGUCAGCUCAGCAUCCCGCCUUCCGAAAGAAAAAAACAAACCCUACAAACCGUGAACCUUUCGGAGCAGCGAGCUAGAGCUGCAGUCAGACAAUGGGCUCGGACAAACGAGUGAGCAGAACAGAGCGAAGUGGAAGGUACGGCUCCAUCAUCGACAGGGAUGACCGCGAUGAGCGGGAGCCCCGGAGCAGGCGCAGGGACUCGGAUUACAAGAGAUCCAGUGAGGACCGGAGGGGGGACCGAUACGACGACUACCGAGACUACGACAGUCCCGAGAGAGAACGUGAAAGAAGGAACAGUGACCGAUCCGAAGAUGGCUACCAUUCAGAUGGAGACUAUGGCGAGCAUGACUACCGGCACGACAUCAGCGACGAGCGGGAGAGCAAGACCAUCAUGCUGCGCGGCCUUCCCAUCACCAUCUCGGAGAGCGACAUUCGAGAAAUGAUGGAGUCCUUCGAAGGCCCUCAGCCUGCGGAUGUGAGGCUCAUGAAAAGGAAAACAGGUGUAAGCCGUGGUUUCGCCUUCGUGGAGUUUUAUCACUUGCAAGAUGCUACCAGCUGGAUGGAAGCCAAUCAGAAAAAGUUGGUGAUUCAAGGAAAGCACAUUGCAAUGCAUUACAGCAACCCCAGGCCCAAGUUUGAAGAUUGGCUUUGCAACAAGUGCUGCCUUAACAAUUUCAGGAAAAGACUAAAAUGCUUCCGAUGUGGAGCGGACAAGUUUGACUCGGAGCAGGAAGUGCCCUCAGGAACCACCGAGUCGGUUCAGUCUGUGGACUACUACUGUGACACAAUCAUUCUCCGGAACAUCGCCCCACACACGGUGGUGGACUCUAUCAUGACCGCACUGUCCCCCUACGCGUCCUUGGCCGUCAACAACAUCCGCCUCAUCAAAGACAGGCAGACGCAGCAGAACAGGGGCUUCGCGUUUGUGCAGCUGUCUUCCGCCAUGGACGCUUCUCAGCUGCUGCAGAUAUUACAGAGUCUCCACCCGCCUUUGAAAAUCGAUGGCAAGACUAUUGGGGUUGACUUUGCAAAAAGUGCCAGAAAAGACCUGGUCCUCCCCGAUGGCAACCGGGUCAGCGCCUUCUCUGUGGCCAGCACAGCCAUCGCUGCCGCCCAGUGGUCGUCCACCCAGUCUCAAAGUGGCGAAGGAGGCAAUGUCGACUACAGCUACCUGCAGCCCGGCCAGGACGGCUAUGCGCAGUACACCCAGUACUCGCAGGACUACCAACAGUUCUAUCAGCAACAAGCUGGAGGGUUGGAAUCUGAUGCGGCAUCUGCAUCAGGCACAGCCGUGACCACCACCUCGUCCGCUGUGGUGUCCCAGAGCCCGCAGCUCUACAAUCAGACCUCGAAUCCGCCCAGCUCUCCGACUGAGGAAGCACAGCCUAGCACCAGUGCAAGUACCCAGGCCCCUGCCGCUUCCCCGACUGGUGUAGUUCCUGGUACCAAAUACGCGGUGCCGGACACGUCCACUUACCAGUACGAUGAGUCUUCGGGCUAUUACUACGAUCCCACCACAGGGCUGUACUACGACCCCAACUCGCAGUACUACUACAACUCCCUGACGCAGCAGUACCUGUACUGGGACGGCGAGAAGGAGACCUACGUGCCGGCCGCCGAGUCCAGCUCCCACCAGCAGGCGGGCCUGCCUCCUGCCAAGGAGGGGAAGGAGAAGAAGGAGAAGCCCAAGAGCAAGACGGCCCAGCAGAUCGCCAAGGACAUGGAGCGCUGGGCCAAGAGUCUGAACAAGCAGAAAGAGAACUUCAAAAACAGCUUCCAGCCCGUCAGCUCCUCGCGAGAAGAAGAGAGGAGGGAGAGCGCCGCGGCCGACGCGGGCUUCGCUCUGUUCGAGAAGAAGGGAGCCUUGGCCGAGAGGCAGCAGCUGAUCCCUGAGCUGGUGCGGAAUGGAGACGAGGAGAAUCCCCUGAAAAGGGGUCUGGUGGCUGCUUACAGUGGCGACAGUGACAAUGAAGAGGAGCUGGUGGAGAGACUGGAGAGUGAGGAGGAGAAGCUGGCCGACUGGAAGAAGAUGGCCUGCCUGCUCUGCCGGCGCCAGUUCCCAAACAGAGACGCGCUGGUCCGGCACCAGCAGCUCUCAGACCUGCACAAGCAAAACAUGGACAUGUACCGGCGGUCCAGGCUGAGCGAGCAGGAGCUGGAAGCCUUGGAGCUGAGGGAGAGAGAGAUGAAGUACCGGGACCGCGCCGCUGAGAGACGGGAGAAGUACGGCAUCCCCGAGCCGCCAGAGCCCAAGCGCAAGAAGCAGCUGGACGCGGGCACCGUGAAUUACGAGCAGCCCACCAAAGACGGCAUCGACCACAGUAACAUUGGCAACAAGAUGCUGCAGGCCAUGGGCUGGCGGGAAGGCUCGGGCCUCGGAAGGAAGUGUCAAGGCAUCACGGCCCCCAUCGAGGCUCAAGUCCGGCUAAAAGGAGCUGGCCUCGGGGCCAAGGGCAGCGCAUACGGACUGUCAGGUGCGGAUUCCUACAAAGACGCUGUCCGGAAGGCCAUGUUUGCCCGCUUCACGGAGAUGGAGUGAGACUCCGAGAGGAGAGAGAAUGAGGAGCUCCGAGGGCACGGAUGGGCCACUGCCCAGCUCCCUCUCCUGUCGCCAAGGGCAUGCCUUGCGCUGUUCCCCGCUCCCCGGAGCCCCCUGGUUGUGGGUGAACGCCUUCCUCCUUCCUGCCGGAGGGCUUGUGAGCGGCGAGGGACUGGUCUUUUAUACUUCCGUGUACAUAGGGUCACGUACUGUUUUACGUGCAGCCUGCGUGUGGGCCGCCAGCCCCGCUUUCCUGGGGCAUGGCGCUGCCCUAGGUGGUGUGCGGCACCAAAGCCGCCUCGUUACUUGUGUUUUUUCUUGGCAAAAGCCUGUGUAUAUUUGUAUAUUAAACAUUUGUACAGAAUUUUGGAAGAUUUUCAGUCUAGUUGCCAAAUCUGGCUUCUUUACAGAAGAAAUACCGUGAAAAAUGA